AUGUGUUCUUUAAGAAAUGUGAUAACACUUUAUAUUUUUGCAUUCACUUUGCUUUCAUUUUUAUGUGUUGCUUCUGGAGAAAACUGUCAAAAAUUUCUUGACUGUAUCUCAAAUCAUUCACCAAAUUCUUCUAUAAUUUCGAAAAUUGCCUUUACACCUACAAAUCCUUUGUAUUUAUCGGUCUUGAACUCCUCUAUACAUAACCUAUAUUUCGAGUUGCCCUCUACUCCGAAGCCUCUAUUGGUUUUCACACCCUUGUAUGAUUCUCAUGUACAAGCGGCCAUUCGUUGUUCCAAAAUUCAUGGGAUACAUAUUAGGUUCCGGAGUGGGGGUCAUGAUUACGAGGGUCUCUCUUAUGUUUCUCACGUCCCUUUUGUGGUUCUUGAUCUCAUUAAUUUUCAGUCUAUUGAAGUUAACCUUAAAAGUAGCACUGCUUGGGUCCAAUCGGGAGCGACUAUUGGUCAACUUUAUUAUAAAAUAGCCGAGAAAAGUAAGACUCUAGCAUUUCCUGCUGGAUUUUGCCCCACAGUCGGUGUUGGUGGACAUUUUAGUGGUGGAGGAUAUGGGAUGUUGUUGCGUAAAUAUGGUCUUGCUGCUGAUAACGUUGUCGACGCUCGUAUGAUUGAUGCAAAUGGAAAUAUUUUGAAUAGAAAAACGAUGGGUGAGGAUUUGUUUUGGGCCAUAAGAGGAGGCGGAGGAAGUUUUGGUGUCAUUCUUGCAUGGAAAGUAAAAUUGGUUAGCGUUCCACCUACCUUUCCAAAUUUCUCCAUUCGGAAAACUUUAGAUAAAAACACAACAAAUCUUAUUCAUCGGUGGCAAUAUGUUGCGCACAAGUUUCCUAAAGAGCUACUCGUUAGAAUAGUUAUCGUUAGGGUAAACUCGACGAUAAAUGUUUAUUUCAGUUCCUUGUACCUCGGAGGAGUUGAUGACCUUCUCCGUGUAAUGAAAGAAAGUUUCCCAGAGCUUGGGUUGACGAAAACAGAUAUCUCCGAAAAGAGUUGGGUCAAAUCUAUCCUUUCCUUUGAGAAUUUUAACAAGGAACCACUCGAGAUUUUGCUAAAGCGAACUCAACCCACCACACCAUAUUUCAAAGCAAAAUCCGAUUACGUGCAAGAGCCAAUCCCCAUAUCUGGAUUGGAAGGGAUUUGGAACAUAUUAUCGGAGGAUGGUGCUAAUAAUUCUGUUAUGAUCUUCACCCCAUACGGCGGCAUAAUGGAUGAAAUAUCAGAAUCGACGAUUCCCUUCCCACAUAGGGCCGGAAACUUGUACAAAAUACAAUACGUGGCUGAUUGGUACAACGCAAGCGAAGUCUUGGCCACCAAUCGCAUAAGUUGGAUCCGAAGACUUUAUAGCUACAUGAAACCUUAUGUUUCAAAGAACCCGAGAGCUGCGUAUCUAAACUAUAGAGAUCUCGACAUAGGAGCAAACAAUGGAAGGAACGCAAGCUAUGCACAAGCAAGUGUUUGGGGGAUGAAGUACUUCAAGAACAACUUUAAGAGGCUGGUGAAGAUUAAGAGUAGGGUUGACCCAUCAAACUUAUUUUGGAAUGAGCAAAGCAUUCCAGCUCUUCCCAAGUAUGAUCAAGAAUAAAGGUGACUAAUUAAGAAACAAUGGCUCUAUAUACAGUUCUUGGUUUAAUAAUAUGACUUAUCCCUAGCUAUUCCAUAUAGAAAAAUGUCU